AUGGUCUUUUCGUCGAGUACACGCGAUCCAUCACCAUCCACUCCCUCCGACGCACCUGCACCCUCAUCACACAGUGUAUCGACGCGAGUGGGAGGCGAAGAUGAACAGGAUCUGAAGAAGAAGCUAUCGCAGGGUAGUAGAGAAGACGAAAAGGGAGCAUCGUCAUCAAAGGAAUACGAGGAAAGAGGUAUACAGGAGAUCGACGAUGAAGGUGCGAAGAGAACGGUCAUGGUGGUGAUGGAGCAGAAGUCUGGUAAAGAGAUUUUGAAGCAUGUCGAUGGGGGUCCAUAUACGCAGCCUAGAUGGAGACAUUCCCUGCCUUUCGUCAAACCCAAACAUCCCCCACCGCCACCACCUCUCACCCUGGACGACGCGAAAGUGACACCAGAAGUGACCGCCAAUUUCUGGGACACGUUAUUCUUUAAUUGGAUCAGUCCGAUGAUGGCUUUGGGUUCCGCUCGUCCAUUGCAAGAUACCGAUCUAUGGAAAAUGGACGAAGCUCGAUCGGCAAAAGGUCUGGCAGAUAAGCUCUUGCUAUCAUACGCCAGAAGGACAAAAGCUGCCAAUGAAUAUAAUGCAAGAUUAACAGAUCCAAAUACCCCUUUACCUUUUACAAAACGGAUGAUGUAUCCUCUGCUACCUAAUCGGCAGAAGCGAGAAAAGGAAUAUCGAGAAAAACAUGGGAAGAAACAUGCUUCUUUAGCCUUAGCUUUGAAUGACGUUUUCGGUUUAUACUUCGUGUCAGCAGGUGUCAUCAAACUCUUCGGUGAUGCCUGUCAAGCUGUCACGCCCUUGCUCAUUAGAGCUCUGAUCAAAUGGUCAACCAAUUGGCAGCUUGCCGAUACACUGGGAACCCCAAAACCUAAAAUCGGUGAUGGUGUGGGUAUGGCCAUCGGUCUGCUGUUGUUAUUGUUAACAUCCAGUUUGAGUAUACACCACUACUUCAUUCGAUCAAUGGGUGUAGGAGUGUUAUCCAGAGCAGCGCUCAUUUCAGGUAUAUAUCAACAAGCACUUCGAUUCACUCAGAAAUCCAGAGGUGAAAUACCCAACGGUAAACUUGUCAACCACAUAUCAACGGAUACGAGUCGAAUCGAUUUUGCUGCCGGUUUUGCCCAUAUAAUCUGGACUGCCCCGAUUCAAAUGAUCAUCAUCAUUAUCAUCCUUCUGGUCCAGAUUGGCUAUUCCGCGUUACCCGGUAUCGCUUUCCUCCUCAUCAUGACGCCAUUGCAAGUGAUCUUUAUGAAGAAUCUCUUUGCUAUACGUAAGAAGGCUGCUAGAUGGACCGACAAACGUGCAAAACUUCUUCAAGAGAUCUUGGGUGGAAUGCGAAUUGUCAAAUAUAUGGCUUGGGAAAAUCCAUUCCUGCAGAAAAUUCAUAACAUUCGAGGGAUGGAACUGAAAUACAUCCGAUCGCUUUUGACUUUCCGAUCUGGAAUGAUGGCAUUCGCCAUGGCCUUACCAACCUUGGCGGCUAUCAUAUCAUUUAUCACCUACAGUGCUACUUCUCACGACCUUCAAGCUGCCACCAUCUUCACUGUCAUCACUCUUUUCCAGUUGAUGAGAAUGCCCUUGAUGAUGUGGCCUAUGACAUUGUCGGCUGUCGCCGACGCCCUCAACGCUUUGGGUAGAUUGGAAGUUGUUUUCGACGCCGAAUUGAUUUCCGAAAACCUGAGAAUUGACAGAACCCAGGAAGAAGCGGUCAAAAUUGAACAUGCCUCUUUCACAUGGGAUGCGGCUCCGAUAGAAGACGAUGAUGGAAUGAUGAAAAAGCUAGAAGGAAGAUAUGGUAAAAAUCCCGGUGCCGGAAAACCUACACCUAAGUCCAACGAGGCCAAGACUAAAAAGACCAAAAAGAUUACUGCAGUGGAUGAAAUCGAAGCUGAGAUGGCUUCUGGUGGACCUCACGAUGCAGAAGCAAGCAAACAAGCUGUUGGUCAAGGUGCUCCUUUUGCUUUGCACGCUGUUGACGAAAGCAAGGAGAAGGAAGCUGUACCUGAAGCGAAGAUCUUCCAAAUCCAUGAUAUCGAUCUCAGUAUACCUAAAGGCUCUCUCACAGCUAUAGUCGGUGCGAUCGGUUCCGGUAAAUCGAGUUUGUUACAAGGUCUAAUGGGUGAGAUGAGAAGAACUGAAGGAAAAGUCACUUUCUCUGGGUCUACCGCUUUGUGUGCUCAAACUCCCUGGAUUCAGAAUGCCACAGUCAGAGAGAACAUCUUAUUUGGUCAACCUUGGGAUGAAGAACGAUACUGGGCUGCUGUACGAGAUGCCUGUCUCGAACCUGAUCUCGAACUCCUCGAAGAUGGUGAUGGGACAGAGAUCGGUGAAAAGGGUAUCAACCUUUCUGGUGGUCAGAAGCAACGAGUAAACAUUGCAAGAGCCAUUUACUUCAACGCGGAUAUCAUCGCUCUCGAUGAUCCACUUUCUGCUCUUGAUGCUGGUGUAGGUAAAGCACUCUUCUUCAAUGCCAUCAUCGGUGCGCUCAACAACAACACUCGAAUCCUCGUUACUCACGCUCUGCAUUUCUUACCAUAUGUGGACAACAUCAUCAUGAUGGAGGAUGGGCACAUCGGAGAGAUGGGUACCUACAACGAACUCAAGGGACAAGAUGGGGCCUUCGCAAGAUUGAUUAGGGAGUUUGGUAAUGAAGAACAACAUGAAGAAGCCCUUGAAACUGAAGAAGAAGCUAUGAACUCAUCUGGUCCCGCUCACAAGUAUGAUCGAUCCAAGAUGGUAUCUAAAGGUACCGCCCAUGCCCUUAUGCAAGCUGAAGAACGAAACACCGGUGCCCUCAAAAAAGGUACUUUUUGGGCAUACCUCAAAGCAGGUAAUGGUGUCUUCAUGUUACCAAUCUUACUCGUCGCCAUCGCUUUCGCUCAAGCUACCUACGUGAUCACAUCUUAUUGGUUAGUAUGGUGGCAAGAGUACAAGUGGGCCUAUGGAAAUGGAUUCUACAUGGGUAUUUAUGCUGGUUUGGGUAUCUUAACCGCCAUCACCAUGUUCUUCCAAGGUUUCUCGAACGCAUUGAUCAACUACUUCGCUUCGGUCAAGAUCCACAAAAACGCCAUUACAAGAGUCAUGUUUGCUCCUCAGUCUUUCUUCGAUACCACCCCUAUUGGAAGAAUCAUGAAUCGAUUCUCCAAAGAUACAGACACAAUCGAUAAUACCCUUUCGGAUGCUAUGAGGAUGGCAGUCGGUACAUUGUCCAACAUUGUCGGAGCUACCAUAUUACUUGCUAUUGUCGAACCUUAUUUCCUAAUCGCCAUGGGUGUCGUGUCUUUACUUUACGUUCACAAUGCCGCGUUCUACCGAAGAUCUUCAAGAGAGUUCAAGAGAAUCGAUUCGAUCCUCCGAUCUUCCCUAUACUCGCACUUCUCAGAAUCACUCUCUGGAGUGGCGACUAUUAGAUCUUACGGUGAAUCUGAAAGAUUCUUCAAGGACAAUGUCUAUCGAAUGGACGUCGAAAAUCGAGCUUAUUACCUUACGAUCAUCAAUCAACGUUGGUUGGGUCUCCGAUUGGACUUUUUAGGUUCGCUCUUAUCGUUCUCCGUCGCAAUAAUCGUCGUCUGCUCACAUAAAGUAUCGGCUGCUUCUGGUGGAUUGGGUUUAUCGACCAUCAUCUCUGUACAACAAUCUUUCUCAUGGUUGGUCCGACAAGUCGCAGAAGUGGAAAAUGAUAUGGUUGGUGCAGAACGAAUCAUGCACUAUGCCAAUGAAUUAGAUCAAGAAGCUCCUCAUCAAAUAAAUGAAGUUAAGCCUCCUCAAUCGUGGCCUGAGGAAGGUAAGAUUGAGUUCGACAAUGUCAAGAUGCGAUAUCGAGAAGAGUUACCCGAUGUUCUCAAGGGAUUAACUCUGAAUGUGGGAGCAUCAGAGAAGAUUGGUGUGGUAGGUAGAACCGGUGCAGGUAAAUCGUCAAUUAUGGUUGCUUUAUUUAGGAUGUCUGAAUUAUCAGGUGGAUCAAUCAAGAUUGAUGGUGUAGACGUAUCGAAAAUUGGUUUGAAUGAUUUACGAUCAGGUAUAUCGAUCAUACCUCAAGAUCCAUUAUUAUUCAGUGGAACAUUGCGAUCCAAUAUCGAUCCAUUCAAUACUAAAUCCGAUAUUGAGCUUUAUGAUACCCUUCGAAGAGCUCAUUUGAUAUCCAAUUCACCUCGUCAAUCAACCUCUAUUGACGGCGAAACUGAAAAACAGCAACAACAAGCCAAUUCGAAGAGGUUCACCUUAGAUACUGUCAUUGAAGAGGAGGGAGGAAACUUGUCAGUAGGAGAAAGAUCCCUUGUGUCUUUGGCAAGAGCUUUAGUAAGGAAUACGAAAGUAUUGGUACUUGAUGAAGCGACUGCUAGUGUUGAUGUGGAAACGGAUGCGAAGAUUCAGGAAACGAUCAGAAAUGAAUUCAAAGACAAGACUUUGUUGUGUAUCGCACAUAGGUUAAAGACUAUUUUGAGUUAUGAUAGGAUUUUGGUCAUGGCUGAUGGACAAGUUGAGGAGUUCGAUACACCUGAAAAUCUGUUCUUGAAAGAUGGUAUCUUUACUGAGAUGUGCGGUAAAGCAAGUUUGACUUUGGCUGAUAUCAGAGCUGCUGCUGCAUUACGGUUCUAG